CUUUUUUUUUCUUUUUUUUCUUUCCUUCAGGCGAACCUAGGAGCCUGGGUUCGUCGCAAUGAACCCAGCUCGUGGGUUCGUCGCGAUGAACACAGCUCGUCGGAACAUAAUUUGCCAGAAGAUCAAAGCCGGUGAACCUGAUGCUAGGAGCGCACCGUUUCACGCCACAAAAUCUAAGAUGAUGAGAACCGUCAACGACAGCGUCGAGACCGUGAACGCCGCCGCUACUGCUAUCAUCUCUGCUGAGUCUCGAGUCCAGCCAGCCGUAGUUCAGGUAAACAUGACUGUGCAUGAAUGUUAAUCUAUUUCGUGUGUGAACGUCUCAGUGUGAAGGUUUGGCUUUUGGUCAAAUUAUGUUUGUGAGUUUGGUAUCUUUGAUUGGUUGCCGAGAAAAUGAUGGAAACCGAACGAAUUUGGAAUUUUUGAGGUUUUUUAUGCUUUGCUUGAGGUCGAGAAUCAUGAAGAGAAUUAGAAGAAGAGAAAGUGGAAUCUUUUGAUGUUGGAACGCCUAGUUCAGUAAUUCUUCUCAAAUGGUUGUGGUUUCGGUAUUAAACUUUUUGGUUUUGUCUUUCUGUUCUUUAUAUACUCUGUUUGGUUGCUGAGAAAUGGUGCAGAUGGAAAGUACAGAAUGGAUCUCGAGUUUUCUGUUAGUUGACACUUGAGUCUUGCCAGACAAGUCUGUAAGCUGAAACUUGCUGAACAGAAAAAGGGGAAUGAAAGUGUUUAAUUGUG